AUUCGUGUUUGACACUUUAUCUUCCUGAGACUUUGAAAGGCAACAGUGAAGUGCAUCUCAACGUCUCCUUGACGUUAGCACAGCGCUGAGUCCCGCCUCCUCUCCCUGUGUCUGUUAGUCAAAGUGGGCGGAAGUUUUCAGUGCUUUAUUUCAAAAAAUGAGUGAUGUCAAACAACAGGAGCCGACUCUCUCUCUCUCUCUCUCUCUCUCUCUCUCUCAACGUCAACUGCGUACAAAGCAGCUUGUCGAAUUAGCCACAUGAAGAAGCGGUAAGGACGCCACGCCAGUGUAGGUGAUAUGAUGCUUCAUCUCGUUCAGGUGGCCGCGGCGAUGUGAGAUUUCAGAUGCCUCGGCACGGGACAGCACUGCGCUAUUCUCCGGACUGUGUACCGUAGUGAGAGCACUGUGACCCAGCGAGCAUUGCGUUACAGCAUGAGUCCGUUCUGCAGUGAUCAUCUGUAUAGUUUGUUGUCUGGAGACAGCUUACCUGCUCGACGCUAUCAGCGAAAUCUCGUUGCGCAAGUGUAAACGCAACCGAGUGCAUCGCCGCUUAACGACACACUCAACCGACUGCGGCUCAGUUUGAAAUGGGCGGGAAGCUGCUCUCACAGCUCAAAGCUCGUCCAUGCUGAAACUCAUUGGUCGGCGGCGCUCGUAGCCUCAUUUGUUCUUUCAGACGUGAGACUGGAGGCAUCGAGAGGCUCCUGUGAACUCUAGAUGACAGCGACUGGAUCGCAGAGGGUUGUUGUUGUUGUUUUUAACUGCGUGCACCUGCAUAUCAGGACUAUCUGAAGUGUAUUUGUGACCCGGAGAUAAGCGUUAGAUCUCGCAGCGCUGCCUGAGGGGCGCCAAUACUUAAUCUUCUGCGUUACUGCGUCUUCAUCUGGGGCGAUUUGUUUGCAAAAAGGGUUUCCAGUAGGGUUUUUUUGUUCUUUCAGAGAUCAUCAAGCGGAUGCAAGACCAGCACGCUUGUCCUAACACGAGCCAAGCUGCUGCUGCGUGUGUGUAUGUGUGCGCGCACCCUGCGAUUCAGACACUAGGAGGGAGGCAAGACAAAUCGUCAUGCUGAAGUUGGCUCGUGUGUGAUUGUACAGCACGUUUUCGGCCGGUGGUGACUAAAACCUCCUCCUCGGUUAGAGAUGGCGUGAUAUCCCUGUUUUUCCGCGCUGAGAGCGAUCGCUACAGUGGGACGAUAUUAAAGCUGAGGUGGGCGGACCUUGGCGUAGCACCAUUUUUUUGGAGGGGGGCUGGAAGAAGAGACUAUUUACUACAGAUCUGUGCUGAUUUGCGCUACAACCAGAAUUGGUCUUCAAAAGCAACAUCACAGGGUUUUAAUAGAAUCUGUUAUAGAUCUGGGUUGUUUUUAUUUAUUUUUCCCCCCUUCACUCGCUCAACAUCUUGUGAAGAUCAUGGCCGAAGCCCCAGAUGUAAACAGGUUGUCCACUGCUGCUGUGAGAGGAGACUUGAGAGAAACUGAGAAGAUACUGGAGAGCAACAUUAACGUGAAUGCGAUGAACAAAUUCGGCAGGACACCACUGCAGGUGGUGAAACUCGGCUGUCCUUUUGUAGCGGAAGCGCUGCUACGCGCGGGCGCUGAUCCAAACGUUCCCGACCCCAGCGGCGGACUGACGGUGACGCACGACGCGGCGCGCGACGGCCACGCGGACACGCUUCAGGUGCUGCUGAGUUACGGAGCAGACGUCAGUCUCCAAGACAACGCUGGUAAUCUGCCGCUGCAUCUGGCGGCGCGCGAGGGACAUCAGCCCGCAGUGGAGCUCCUGGCGCCGCGCACCGCACACCCGUUUCAGCCCAACUAUGCGGGUCUCACGCCCCUGCAGCUGGCAUCACAACAUCACAGAGACGAUACGGCACGCUGGCUAGAGAACUACCGCCAUGUGCCUUCACAAUCAGAGUAGGUAGAGGAUCGCCCGCUUUGUGCUGUGACAGAGGUAGUUGUAGAAAUACAUGCUGAAUGAUCGUUUUGGUAGUAUUUGAUAAAUAUUCAGCUAACUACCUCUUUUUAUAUAUUGUGAAAUCUGGCCAAUGAAGCUGGGAGGAAAGAGCUUGAACGAAUGCCAUUUUGUGGCGCACACAAGGCCAAACGUUUUACAGGCCUAGGCUGCUUUCUCUUAGUGUCCUGUUACAUAUGAUAAUCAUUCAUCACAGUGUUUCAGUUGGUAUGAUUUUUAGAGAUAGACUAUUCAGAUUUAUUUGUUUGUUUUGGGGGUGGGGGGGGGGGUUGUUUGUUUUAUUUUAAUUUUUUUUGUGAAGGUGUCACAUAUGUCUAUUAGACUACACUUGCACUCCUCAGAAACAAAGUUACCAAACUGCACUUUUCCUUGUAGGUGGUUGGUACCAUCCAAGGUACAUGUUUUGUACCUUUACUAUGUAUAUUUUACCCCGGCAGGUUCAUGUAAUUUAUUUAGCUUUUACAAUAAAAUAGUACUGAACCUUUUGUUGUCGCCUGAGUGGUAGCAUUAAGGGUGCAUUUAGCUAAUAUCUGUCUUUUGACCUUGAAUUCGCUGUAUCUUUAAAAUGGUUUAAAGUAAAUAAAAAUGGACCAUAAUUAGUUUUUAGAGUAAGGUUUUAAUACUAUGCACGUUUCUAGGUAAAAUAGUUAUGGUUUGCAGGUAAAACAUACAUACUGAAGGUGCAAAACAUGUCCCUUUGAUGGUACCACUACACCAAAAAAAAAAAAAGAAAAAAAUGACAGAUCAGUACCUUUAUUUCUGAGAGUGUACAGAGUGUAUAAUAAUAAUAAUAAUAAUAAUAAUAAUAAUAAUAAUAAUAAUAUUAAUAAUAAUAAUAGCCAUUAUUAUUAUUAUUAUUAUUAUAUGGCUAAUAAUGGCUCGCCCAUAUCCUUCAAAUAACCAGACAAUUGUAUUCAUUUUCAACCUUGUUGUUAAUUUUGUUCCAAUAACCCAAACCCACAGGAACUGGCUUUUCACUGUAUAAUGACCGAAAGUAUCAGCAUGUAUGAAAGAUCGGGACUCAAUCCCGCUUCGAGAUAUUUUUCUCCACUGUUUUACUGAAAUAAUUGCACUAUAGGUCUCUGAAGGCCAGAAGCAUUGCUCCUUUGCCGGCGCUUUGAUGUCUCGUCAUUUUUUAUUUUUAUUUUAUUUGCUUCCGUUUGUGAAAUAAAUUGCACUUUUGCUUGUAGAUAAAUACUGCAUUUUUUAAAUAUUUGUAAAACUGUAACUGUGAACGAAUGUGUAUUCUCUUUAAAGAAACCAAAGACAGUCGAUACACGAUUUCCAAAAAUAGCAUCUCUAACCUGUGUUUAGACUGAGUGUAUUCCAGCUUGUCUUAUUUGACUCAUCUGAUUCCCAACAUUGGAACAUACUAAGUCAAAAUGCCAUAUAUUAAAUUGGAUUAAGCCUACUUGAACGUCACUAAUGGCUGUAUCAAUAAAUUAUAUGAAGAAAUAAAACGGUCGUUUUAAACGUG